GUGAGCGUCGAGAUGGUGGCGCAACUGACGUGGGCCCGCGAGAUGUACGCGCGCGUCGUGCACAUGUCGGUGCACAAUUUGCUCGUCUUCCCGAGCGAGAUGGCAGUCGUCGCGGGCGAGAGCCCCAAGGCGCCGCUCGCCAUCAAGUACAUGUGCUGGCGCAAGAGCGUGAUCCAAGCCAGUGUAUGGCUCCUACUGGCGGCGCUUGGGGCCAAAACGGUGCUGGCCGCGCAGUCGACGACGUUCGCUGCGUUCCUUGGCGACAUGCGCAGUUACGUGACGCUUCUGCCCGACGUCAUCUUGCCAAGUUUCCAAAAACUGCACGUCUUGUACGUCGUCCAGGCCUUCUCGACGGUCGGCACCAUGCUUCUCACGGGCCUCUGUGCUGCCUACGCGCUGCACCACUGGACGACGUACCACAGGUCGCGGACUGCCCUGCGUCUCGGGUACGGUCUCUCGUUCGUGCUGCCGUACGCAGUUCUGCUCUUCCUUCCGAUUCGCUCGUGCAUCAACUUCAACGACAUUCGCCUCGAAGCAUGCGACGCACUCGCCUCGCUGCUUUCCCGCCAAGCAGCGCUACGCCACGUGAACUUCUCGCCGAGCCAGGUCUGCAACGAAUUUAUCAAUGCGCCGCAGUGGGGCGACCAGCUCCUGCGCUCGCUCGAGACCAUGGGCGUCCUCAAGAACAACACGACGCGUGUCUGCCUCAACGUCUACGCCGUCGCCAACGCGAGUGCUCACCAGACGGCGCAUGCAGCGUGCAGCGAACCUGCCUGCGCCGCCUGCCUUGCCGACACCACGUGCAUCAGCAUGGGACUUGUCUACAUGUACAACCCGUCGGCGUUGGAGACAGCGCACCCCGCGUGCGCUGCGUGCUUUGCGUCGUCGUGCAUGCGCGACUGUCUCCACGCGUCCUUGCCGCCGCUCCUCUCGCAAGCGCCAGAGCUAUGCCUUCCGGAUGCGGUCGUUGACGCCAUCAAGGCCCUCGGCACGUUCCAGUCGAGUAGCGACUAUGCAGAGUUCCUCCUCGGCGUCCUUGUCGGGCUCUCGUCGCUGCAGACACUCGUACCCCAGAGCAUGUCACUCCUCUUUGGUUGCAUCCGUGGCGCCAAGCUCACCAAGACCCUCGUGCCCUACUCGCGCCUGCCCGGCUACGGCAUUGGCGCCGCCAUCCUUCUUUGCACGCCGAUGCUCACGACAUUUCUUAUCGCGAUCCACCAGGCCUUUGGCAACCUCUGGAGCGUCGCGACGAUUCUCGUCUACCUCGCGAGCAUUUUCAUCUGGUUUCCUGUCGGCGAUCUGUCGCACGGCCUCGUCGCCGACGACAACCGCGGUCUCAUGGCGCCGCAAAGCGUCCUCGCUGCCGUGAACGAACUGGACCGGCGCCACCACAUUAGCUUUUGCCUCAAACUCGCGGCGCUCGGACUCCUAGUCGUGUACGCCUCCCAGUCGGACUUGCUGCCGCUGCUCAAGGCGCAUGUGAGCUACAGUCUUCUCUUGCGGAUUCUGCCCUUUUGCUUGGAGCUUCUCGGCAAGUCGAUGAUGUCGGCCGUGGUCUUCGGGGACAUGUACAUUGAUUUUUUUCGCAUCACAACGGCCGGCGACCUCCUCGACUCGACCGAGGCGAUUUCGAGUCGGCGCGAGUCGGCGCUGGCGUUUGGGACGCUCAACGCGUCGCCCCGGGGCUCGGGACUCGUGGCGCCACGACGGCCCUCGGUGAGCAACCCGGAGCUCAUCCAGCGUAUGGUCGCGACACUGCAAGCGACAGACGCCCUUUGCUCCAACAGAAGCUCGCGAUCGAUCGCACUGCCCGCGUCGUCGUCGUAGCCGAAGAAAGUCGUGUAUUCGAAUCAAGGGGUUUACAUGAACUUGUACUGGA